AGACAAGAGGUCAAGUCUUUCCACUGCAGUGAAUGUGACAAGUAUUUCAGCACCAAAGGAAGUCUGGAUGCUCAUAAGCGAAUCCACACGGGAGAAAGACCAUACAAGUGUCCUCACUGCAAGAAGAGCUACAACCAUGGGUCGGUUCUGAAGAAACAUGUGCGUGUUCACACCAAUGAGAGACCGUACCAGUGUAGUGAAUGUGGGAAAACCUUCACAAACUCAGGCACUCUAAACUCACACAAGAGAAUCCACUCUGAUGAGAAACCGUAUCAGUGCAGACACUGUGAGAAAGGAUUCCGGCAGAUUUCCAAUCUGAUUUGUCACGAGAGGAUUCACACCGGAGAGAAACCAUAUCUGUGCUCCCACUGUGGGAAGAGCUUUUCUGAUCCGACUCAUUUCAGAGAACAUCAAAGAAUUCACACGGGAGAAAAACCGUAUCACUGCAGCGUUUGUGAGAAGAGGUUCAGGAAGUAUGUUAAUUUACAGAGACACACAACGAUUCAUACCAGAGAAAGACCAUUCAAAUGCUCACAAUGUGACAAGACGUUUGCUCGAUCAGAGGUCCUGAAGGUCCACGAGCGAGUUCAUACAGGAGAGAAACCUUACCACUGCUCCAUCUGCGGUGAGAGAUUCACUUAUUUAGGUAGCUUUCAGACCCAUCAGAACAAACACGCUAACGAACAAACUGCUCCAGAAUCAUCAGAGUGACUUUCAUCAGUCAGUCUGGAAUAAAGACUCAUUCAGCUCAUGGUCAAACUCUACACUGAGCUCUUACUGCCAGUAGGGGGCAGUGAGCUUUCAUGUGGUUUGGGGGAAAGAGCUGGAUUGAACCCAAUGCUGUGGAUGUAUUCAUGUUUAGCAAAGCAGAACAAUGGUUGUAUCUUAAACUUGACAGAUUGAAUAUGACCUAUUAAAAAACCUCAGAAUAAAAUUGUAUCAAUAA